AUGGCCGUUGAUCAACCAACACCACGGAAUUUCGGGCAUCUUUGCUAUUCUAUUUCUUAUUUUCUCCAUACACUUUUUCCAUUUUUCUUUCUUUUUUUUCUCUUUCUCUUUUUCUUUCUUUCAUUCAUUUUUCGCAUUUUCUUUUUUCUAUCUUUUUUCUUUCUUUCUUCCUUUCUGUCUUUCUUUCUUUCUUUCUUUCUUUCCUUCCUUCCUUCUGUCUGUCUGUAUUUUUCUUUUUUCUUUUCUCAUUUUUCCAUCUUUCUUUCUUCCUCUUUUUCUACCUUUAUUUUUUCUUUUUUCUUUCAUCCAUUUUCAUGUUGUCCACCCUUUCUUUCUUUCUUUCUUUCUUUCUUAUUUUCUCCAUACACACUUUUUCCAUCUUUCUUUCUUUCUCUUUUUUCUUUCCCUUUUUUCUUUCUCUUUUUCUUUCUUUCAUUCAUUUUUCCCAUGUUCUUUUUUCUGUCUUUAUUUCUUUCUUUCCUUCUGUCUGUCUCUCUUUUUCUUUUUCUUUCUCACUUUUCCAUCUUUCUUCCUCUUUUUCUAUCUUUAUCUUUUUUCUUUCAUCCAUUUUCAUAUUGUCCACCCAUUGUUUUUUUUCUUUCUUUCUUUCUUUCUUUCUUUCUUUUUCUUUCUUUCUUCAUAUUUUCCACCAUUUGUUGUUUCUUCUUUCUUUGUGUCUUUUUUUCUUUCUGUCUGUCUGUUUUUUCUUGCUUACUUGAUUUCUUUUUCCUUUUUCUCCUUUUUCUUUCUCCCUUCCUUUUUUCUUUUCCUCUUCAUAUGUUCCACUUUUUUCCUUUUCUUUCUUUCUUUCCUUCUUUCUUUCUUUCUUUCUUUCUUUCUUUCUUUCUUUCUUCAUAUAUUCCGCUCUUUCUUUCUUUCCUUUUGCUUCUUCUUUUCUUUAUCUCCUAA